CUAAAUAUAAAUUCAUAAAUUAUUAUUAUUACUUAUUUAAUACUGACUACAUAAUAUAGCUUUGCUAGAAGCUAUACUUAUUGAUGUAUCGCCCUUAUUCUCACAUGUGUUGCACACCGCCAAGCAAAAAGCAGUGCCGUGUGAUGAAGUUGUAUAAAUGAUACAACCCUCGACUCAUCGAUACAGUCAGCCGUGACAUUCACGGCUACUUGCAACAACUACACCUUCAGCAAAACCAUCGUUUUGGGUUUAGUGUGGAAGAACAAAUUGUCACCAUGUCGGACGCCAAGAAGAACUUACUUCUGUUUUUCGACCGGCCCACGGAGCCCUGCUUCAUGCAGAAGGGUGAAAACAAAUCUAUUUUCCAACUACCCGACAAUUACUAUCCGGACAAAUACAAGUCGACCAGCAACACGCUAGCGGACCGCUUCGGCAACGACGCGACGCAGACCAUCCCGAUCCGCAACAUCUCUCUGCCGAACCUCUCGCUGCCGAUGCAGCUGGCCUACAACGACCAGUUCUCGCUGUGGGUGCCCAAACACAGGGCCAUGGCUACUAAACUUAUCGAUAUCUUUAUGGGUAUGCGUGACGUGGAAGACUUGCAGUCACUAUGCUCAUACUGCCAGCUCCGUAUCAACCCCUACCUCUUCAACUAUUGCCUGUCUGUCGCCAUCUUACACAGAGAUGACACCAAGGGUCUGAACAUCCCGACGUUCGCGGAGACAUUCCCAGACAAGUUCAUGGACCCCAAGGUGUUCAGGAAGGCCAGAGAAGUCAGCACUGUGGUACCUUCUGGAAACAGGAUGCCAGUAGUGAUCCCGCAGAACUACACCGCGUCCGAGUGGGACCCGGAGCAGCGCGUGGCGUACUUCCGCGAGGACAUCGGCAUCAACCUGCACCACUGGCACUGGCAUCUCGUGUACCCGUUCGACUCCGCAGAUCGUGCCAUCGUUGCCAAAGACAGAAGGGGAGAGCUGUUCUACUACAUGCACCAGCAGAUUGUCGCCAGAUACACAACAGAGCGUUACUGCAAUAAGUUGAGUGCUCCGAAACGGUUCAGCAACUUCAGAGAACCCAUCGAAGAAGGCUACUUCCCCAAGUUGGACUCGCAAGUUGCCAGUCGCGCUUGGCCACCAAGGUUCGCGAACUCCACGAUCCGCGACAUCGACCGUCCCGUGGACCAGAUCCGCGUGGACGUGUCGCAGCUCGAGACGUGGCGGGACCGCUUCCUUGAUGCUAUCAACACUAUGUCCGUUAUGAUGAGGAACGGUCGGCGCGUGCCGCUGGACGAGGACACAGGCAUCGACAUGUUGGGCAACAUGAUGGAGUCCUCCAUACUCAGCCCCAACCGCGACUUCUAUGGGGACCUGCACAAUAUGGGACACGUGUUCAUAUCCUACUCGCACGACCCGGACCAUAGGAACUUGGAACAAUUCGGAGUAAUGGGUGACUCAGCCACCGCGAUGCGUGACCCAAUAUUCUACCGCUGGCACGCGUACGUCGACGACAUGUUCACGCUGUACAAGAACAAGCUGCCUCCUUACACCACUGAUAAGCUGGACUUCCCCGGCGUCCGUGUGUCCUCCGUAAGCAUAGAAUCCCCGGGCGGUGCGAACGCGCUCCGCACGCAGUGGGAGCAGAGCACGGUGGAGCUCGGGCGCGGGCUCGACUUCACGCCGCGCGGCAGCGUGCUCGCGCGCUUCACUCACCUCACACAUGACGACUUCACCUAUGUCAUCGAUGUGAACAACACCUCCGGUCAAGCAGCAAUGGGUACAGUCCGUCUGUUCAUCGCACCCGCUGUCAAUGAGACGGGAGCCCCACUGCCGUUCAGCGAACAGAGACGACUCAUGAUCGAGCUCGACAAGUUCACGCAAGCGCUGCCCGCUGGCAACAGCACGAUCCGUCGCAGCUCCAACCUAUCCUCAGUCACUAUUCCCUACGAGCGUACAUUCCGUCGCCAGUCCACUCGUCCAGGCGAGCCAGGUUCAGCGGAAGCAGCUGACUUCGACUUCUGCGGCUGUGGCUGGCCACACCACAUGCUGAUACCGAAGGGAACUACUGAGGGCUUCCCGAUGGUGUUGUUCUGUAUGGUUUCCAACUGGGCGGAGGAUAGGGUUGUACAAGACACAGCGGGCACAUGCAACGACGCAGCAUCGUACUGCGGCCUGCGCGACCGCAAGUACCCCGACCGGCGCGCCAUGGGCUUCCCCUUCGACCGGCCCACGCCCGCCAACACGCUCUCUGACUUCCUCACACCUAACAUGAACGUGAGGGAUUGUACUAUCCGCUUCACUGACGCUGUGAGGCAGAGACAGCAGGGAUCUGUUACCAGCAAUGCCGUCGCUAACCAAACGAGCAAUAACCAAGCCAGCAAUAUUCCUCCAUUCAGCAAUUUUACUCAAAGUGGAAAUAUUACUCAGAAUAAUAUUAUAACUCACACUGAAAUUUUUACUCCAAGUGAGAAAUUUACUCAAAGUGGAAAUCUUACUCAAUACGAAAAUUCUCAAAAUGAAGAUUUUCUUCAGAAUAAUGGUUCUCAAAAUCGUUUAACUGAUAUAACACAUGUGUUAGCAACCAGCGUAUUUCCUCAAGUGAAUAAUUAUUGUAAUCAAAAUAACGAUAAUUUGCCAAAUAGUAAAGAAUGCGGAUGUAAAGAAACCUAUACACCAGAAGAUAUUGAUGCUCUCAUUAGAAAACCAUAUUAUUAUAUCAAAUGUAAUCAUAAACAACAUAUAUUUUAAUCAAUUUUCGAAAAAAUUGUGUGUCAAUAUAAUGUGUAUUUCUUGGUUUCUAAUAGAUUAGAAAAUGUAAGAUUUUGUUAUUUUAUCGUUAUUUUGAAAUAAUAUUCUCAAUUUGUUGUUACUGGUUGGAUCUUGGCUAUGAACAUGGAUAAUGAUUUAUAAUAUUAAUUUAGUUAUAAAUGGGUCACUAAUUGUAAUUUAACUGUAAAUAUUGUACAUAUGUAAAUACUGCUAAUUCGUAAGAUAUAAUAAAUUAUGCCUUUCACCAAA